CCUGGGUGUUAGGAAAUGCAAAUGUAUGCAGUUCUCUUCUUUCUCUUUCCAGAAAAGCCUGCGAUUGCGCCUCCUGUCUUCGUGUUUCAGAAGGAGAAAGCACAGAAGAGGUCGGCAGAUGGGUCGAGUCCGGAAGAUGGGGAAGCAGAGUCGGACCGAGAAGACGGGAGCUACUGUCCUCCGGUGAAGCGGGAAAGGACCUCCUCGCUAACACAGUUCCCGCCUUCCCAGCCAGCAGCAGUGACAAAGAACAAUGUCUUCAUGCCCUCAAGCUUCUGCGAAACCUCCGCAGGGAACUCAGACUCAGAACCAGAGGAAAAGAGCACCGGGUUCCGACUGAAGCCUCCCACCCUCAUCCACGGCCAGGCCCCCAGCGCAGGGGUUCCCAGCCAGAAGCCAAAGGAGCAGCAGCGGAGCGUCCUGCGCCCAGCGGUCCUCCAGGCCCCCCAGCCGAAAGCUUUCCCUCAAACAGUUCCAAGCAGCGGCACCAAUGGCGUAAGUAAGCUUCCGGACCCUGCAGGGACAGCAUCUGAACCCACCGCUAAUGCCACACCGAAAAGCCCGGAUUCAGAGGAAAAGGAGAAGCCGUGCCCAAGAAAUGACUCCAACAGCACUUCAGAGACCGAGAAAUGUGAAAAAACGGACCAGAACACGCAACAGUCCUUUGUCUUUGGGCAGAACCUGAGAGAUCGAGUGAAGCUAGGAGACGAAGGGGACGAAGCCGCGGACGUCCAGAAUGCCCGACUCCAGAGUUCCGAGACCCCGUCGGCGACAAAUUACUUCCUGCAGUACAUCAGCUCCAGCCUAGAGAACUCUACGCACAGCGCCGAGGCCUCGGGCAACAAGUUCGUAUUUGGGCAGAACAUGAGCGAGAGAGUCUUGAGUCCGCCCAAAUCCAGUGACGCAGGCACCGACAGCAACAAGGAGAACGCCGCGGGCGAUUCUGGCUCCGAAUCAUCUUCGCAGGAAGCCACUCCCGAGAAAGCGAAUAAUAUUUCGGAGUCGCUGGCCGAGUCUGCGGCUGCUUACACAAAGGCCACAGCCCGGAAGUGUCUCCUGGAGAAGGUGGAAGUGAUCACGGGGGAGGAAGCCGAAAGCAAUGUCCUGCAGAUCCAAUGCAAGCUAUUUGUCUUCGACAAGAACUCCCAGUCCUGGGUGGAAAGAGGCCGGGGCCUGCUGAGGCUGAACGACAUGGCCUCCACGGAUGAUGGGACGCUGCAGUCACGCCUAGUAAUGAGAACGCAGGGCAGUCUACGGCUAAUCUUGAACACCAAGCUCUGGGCUCAGAUGCAGAUCGAUAAAGCCAGCGAGAAGAGCAUCCGCAUCACCGCCAUGGACACGGAAGACCAGGGGGUCAAAGUGUUCCUCAUAUCGGCCAGUUCAAAAGACACCGGGCAGCUGUACGCCGCCUUACACCACCGGAUCCUGGCCUUGAGGAGCCGGGUGGAGCAAGAGCAGGAGGCCAAAAGCGCUGCCCCGGAGCCCGAAGUGGCCCAGUCCAACGAGGAAGACAGUGACGACGAUGUUCUGGCUCCUUCAGGAUCGCCUGGAAGCGGUCCCACCGACGAAGGAGUUGGUCAAGCACCCAGCAGCACAUAGCAGCCACGUUUGGCUCCCCGGCAAGAGCCGCCCCCGACACCCUCUGCGGGGACACCCGCCCCAGGCCGACUCUUGCUCUGGACAGCCGCGGAGGCUCCGAGAUUUGUGGGGAAAACGAAACUCUGCGUCCUUUGUUCUCGUCCCUUUUUAAUUUUUCCCCUCUCUCCCCCUGGUGUGUUGGACUUUUUGGGGUGGGGAGGGGGGAAGGGGCCGAACCAGCCGAUUCCAUAUUAAAACCAAGCAGAAACUCAACACAGCGGACUUUGGACAAAACUGGCUGGAGGUGGUUUUGGGACUUUUUUUAAAAAAACGCUCAUCAUAUUGAUGAGCGGGGAAAACGGAAAACGCCAUUUCCUUGCGCCACACCCCCUCUGCCCACACCUGAUUCGUUGUGGAAGCCCAGGCACAUGGAGAAGCACAGCCGCUGCUGGCCUGGGGACCUCCUGCUCUGAGGCAGACGCUCUCUGCUGUCUGCCCGCCUCAUGCUCGUCUGCCCGCCUCAUGCUCGUCUCCGGUAGCUCAUGGGUCCCCACCGUGGAAUAUUCGAUUCAGCCCUUCCUCAAAUUCUUAUUUCCCCCUCUCUUGAAAUCUUAUUUUCAAGUACUUCUCUUGGUUCUUCCUCCCCAUGCAAGGUGUUUGAUUUUCCUGGAUAUCAGCUGGAGGACCUCAUUCUUGGGGGGGGGAAAGUUUUCUCCUCAUCCCACCCACCCCAGCAGACCUGUGCCAACAUUGGGCAGGUGUCUUGCUGGAGCCUUUUUUUUAAGUUAUCUGUUUCUCACGGAGGUUGAAGGAAUUCGACAAGAAGAACACAAGGUCCUGUCUCCGAGCGGGAAGCCGUUUGCUAAUUUUUUGUGGGGAGGGGAAGACUUAAAACUGGAGUAGGAAAGCGUUCUUGCUAACAGCUCCUUCCUCUCUCUGGUGAUAGUUCUUGUUCUUGUUUGAAGACUUUUAUCGUGAUGAUAACUUUUUUUUUAAAGAAAAAUUAGUUUUGAAGAAGGUAACUGGUGUCAUGCAAGGGGGCCUCCUUCUGUUUUGUACUGUUCUCUUUCUGUUAUUAUUUAAGGUACAGGAAAGCCACUAUAUAUAUAUAUCUAUAUAUAUAUAUUAUACAUACACACAUAUAUAUAAGGAAUCAGCUACCUUCUUUUGAAAAAUGGUAAUUGGCGGUGCGUUGGGAAGGAGACUGGUCUGCUGAUUUGGACCAACUGCUGAAAUUGACACUAACUCCCGAGUGUUUCCUUUUCAGGGGAGCAUUAUUUCCUGUCUUAGAUUUUCCUAAAUUUGCUGCACCCAGCUGGCCCGUGCAUUUAAAAAAAUCGGCUGUGCCAAGUGCCCGGGGGUGGGUGGGGUGAUCAUUCAAACAUAUAUAUAUGAGAUAUAUAUAUUCUCCUGCUAAGAGUGGCUGCCCCACUUCAUCCGGGUGAUGACAAUAGGUCCAGAACAUUAGCGUCUUCUUUGGUGAAUGUGACGCUAGAAACAACUCACUGUAGCUGUCUGGCAAAGAGCCGAACCAGCGGCUGCCCUGCCCUGCUUCCCCCAAAGAUGUCAGACCUCCAUGGCUGUGAGUGGAGCAGUCUUUUCUGGAUUCUUUGGUGAGCCUCACGUCCACUGAAAAAUCCUUUUGGAAGGACCAGGGAACCAGGCUUGUGCCCCUGUGGAGAAAACUACCCUCUGCUUUGCCUCUUUCUGUCCAAAACGGUGAAAGCAGACCAGUCCGAGGCUGGGAAUGGGUUGAUGGGUGACGGUGGGUGACAGUCUUUUCUGGCAGAAGAAUAAAGAGGAGAGCGCCGUCAUGGAAAACCCAAAGAGGAUCAAACAGAAGCAGUCAGAGAGGAUCAGGGGCUCAGUCCCUAUUUGUAAUGUGUUAAGGAAAACCAGGCAAUGAGCUUUUAGGAUUUUCCAGCUGCUCGCUGCCUGUCCAGGGAAACAACAGACUGUGGCCCAAGGGUGUUGGACUGUAACAACAGAGAGCCUGGGCUGAUGGUGCAUGAAAGGUGGGACAGUUUUUAAGGUUUUCUGCGGGCCUAACUGAAGAGGAUUCUGGCUAAGAAUCCCUUUUCCAAGCUGCUUGGCCCUCUGUCGAUGGAGCACAUUCCCUUAACUCUCUCUCCUCAUCAGUGUCCUCAUAGAAGUGUUUACGUGGAAACCAGCCAGCAAGACGCAAUGAACUCUUGAGUGGCGGGUGGUGAGUCUUGGGGAAAGGUGAUCUGGUCAGCAGGAAGCAAGGUUUUUGCUUCCAUUGUGCUUUGACGGGACUGACUCCCGAAAACACCACUGAUUGGAAAAAGGUAGGUGUAUCCAUGUAAGGUGUGUAGGUGCGUGCGCUUGUGCAUGUGUGAAUGGCGUUUGAAGGAGGCUCCAGAAGGCUUGUGGGGUCAAGAGCUGGCUGGAUUUUUCCAGAGAUGUUUAAUGUUCAGAGGGAUGUUCAGAGAGCUUCCCAUAGCACUCUUUUCUGUUCCUAACAAAACCACCCAGUUUUUUUUUUCUGGCAGCUAUUUAUGGAUGUGGCGGUUUGGAUUGGAAACAGGUCGGCCAAGAGAAAGCCAAUGUGCAUUUUAGUCUGGAAAAGCCGCUGUCUAAAGCACUUGGCCGGCGCUUUCCAGAGACGGGACUUGAUGAAUUUUCUUUUCCGCUCUGAGCAUUGGCCGACUUGCAGCAAUAGAAGGCGAAAGCAGAAGAAACAUCCCCCAGAAAAAGACCCUGUGUUUUGGAAGAUUUCUGUACAAUUGUCAUAUCAGAUGUAUUUGGGAAUUACAUUAAAAGGAAACUUGUAACAAA